AUGCAGCCAUUCCGCACAAUGCGCCUACUUAGUCGCCCAAUCGCACAGUUCUCUCCGCGCCAAAUCGUGUGCUCAGUAUCCCUCCAGCCAAAGGCAAGCACCAGGACAAUAAACACAACCCAACGACCAAGCCCCCGGCCUCUCCUCUCCAAUGGAGUUACAUUCAAACCCACCCGGCGAGCCUUCGGUCUCCCCUCUCUAUCAUCCUUCCUCCCCUCUACCGGCAACAACGGCAACAACUCCCCCCACCGCGUCCUAACAGCAACCCGCAACCUCCCAUACAACCCAGCCCUACUCUACAAAGUGAUCGCAUCCGUCGAAUCCUACAGCCAAUUCCUCCCAUUCCUCACCGCCUCGACCGUGACAGCGCGCGAUCCCAAAACAGGCUACCCAACGCAAGCGUUCUUGACAGUCGGCUACGGCCCGCUCAGCGAGACGUUCACAUCGCGCGUGGACUGCGACGUUGAGAAACUGACCGUUGAGGCAAAGAGCGGAGAUAAAUACGGAAAGGAAGGCCAGGAUGGCCAGGCUGGAAAGGGCGAGUCUGGGCUUAGUGGGUUCUUUCCUGGCGGCAGUGAGGGCCUUUUCGAGUACCUUUCCACGCGGUGGGAGCUUGUGCCUCUUUCGCCUGCUGAGGCAAAGGGUGGACCUAUGACUAGAGUCAACUUGGAGGUGCGGUUUGAGUUCCGUUCGCAAAUGCAUGCUACUAUUAUGAGUUCUGUUGAGGGGAAGAUGGCUGGGGUUAUGAUUGAGGCUUUUGAGAAGCGGAUACGGGAGGUUGAGGGCAAGGGCUUGUAA